CGGUCCACUUAGGUUUGAUCUUGGGACAGCUAACUAUAUUUAGCUAACACUAACAAGGAGCCGAGCCCCAGCUCUAUCCCGCAGCAGCAAGAGCAAUGCCGGCCACCAUGCCGCUAACCUUGUCCCCGGCCCGCCUCCUCCUCCUCCACCGCGGCCGCCAAGCCAAGGUCCAGCAGCCGCGCUCCCUCGCGCGGCUCCGCUGCGCCCCCGACGAGGUCGCGGCCACGACCGCCGAGCAGCAGCAGGGGGAGGAGGAGGAGCUGGUGCUCCUCGCCUCCUACCGCACCGCCUUCAACGAGGUCAUCAUGGUCAUCGACUCGCCCUCCAACCGCUACCUCGUCCUCGACCCCACCCGGAACAUCCACAGCAUUCUCCCCAAGAAGAGCGCCUGGACCAAUUCCUACUGGGAUGAGUGUGUCAGCCUACCUACCGUUGUUCCACGCGGCCCUGUUGCACUUCUAGGUUUGGGUGCUGGGACAGCAGCACACAUGAUGCUAGAAGUUUGGCCUUGGAUAGAACUUAUCGGAUGGGAGAUUGAUCCGACGGUAAUUGAAUUGUCGAGGGAUUAUUUUGGUAUGUCCACUUUAGAGAAGACCACGGAACUAGGUGGUUCACUUUCAGUGCAUAUUGGCGAUGCACUUUCCCCAUCGGCUACAGUCGAAGGAGGAUUUGCUGGUAUUGUUGUUGAUUUAUUUGCUGAUGGAGAAGUCUUACCUCAGCUACAGGAAGUGGAAACUUGGUUAGAGAUUGCGAAGAAGCUGAUGCCCGAUGGUCGAAUCAUGGUCAACUGCGGCGCUGGAGAUACCGCCGUAUCUCUUGCUGCCGACGGGGAUGUUUCCUCCUGGGUUCAGAAUCCCACAAUCAAGGCUCUAUGCUCUGCAUUUCCAGGGCAACUAAACUGGAAGAGGCUUUCGGAGAAGGAGAGCGUAAACUACAUCGCGUUGACGGGUCCCCUUCCGGAUUUGGAGGAGUGGUCAACCUCCGUUCCUAGCGAGCUGAGCCUGAGAGUGAAACAAUGGGUGCCUUGCGAGCUGGCGUGAGGAUCGAUCGAUGUAAGUUCUCCUCCCUCCACGGUUCUUUUCUGGUGUAGUUAAGUUAAGGCCGUCGAUCUGCAUUUGAAGAAGUGUCAUCAUGUCAUAGCAGCGCUCACAUGUCCAAGGUGAUGGAUCUGUCUGGCCCCAAUUUCUGUUCCUAGUUUGAAGAAGAGCAGAGGGAAGACCUGCUUGUUAAAUCGGGCGAGGGGAACUCCGGAACGCACCGCGCUACAGUUAACUUUUGCCAUGUCCUGCUGUCGAUUAGUACAGUGCUCCCUCUGAAAAGAAAUAUAAGACCGUUUAUAUUUCUCUACAGAGGGAAUAUCAUUCAUCAAUCAUCAUCCCAUUCCAUGUCUUGGCAGUGUGUCGCAAAGUGACAAGUUGAUUCCCCUUCCACGUUACUUGUACACACGGUUGAGCCGAAUGUGUUGUUGUGGUUGUGUCUUCAUGUUCUUAGGCAGCUGUCGUGUUUGUUAGACACAAGAGUGAGAGAAAUGCGUACGGUCCGUUUCUCUGCGUCGCAAAAGGCAAAGGCAGGAUGCUUUGCAGGAUCAAGAUGCACCACCCACGCACACUAGCUAUGGAGAUGUAUUCAUUCACCGAACUUAUUACUACUACGGUUUCUUAAUUCUUGAACCAAA